GUAGUGCCGCCGGGACCGUUGGCGACUGUUGUUGCGUUGUAGGUUUUGUAGUAAUCGAUCUCUAGGCGCUGCGAGCUGAAAGAGCCGAGCUCGCAGGCCAGUCAUCAUGUCGCGUUACGGGCGGUACGGAGGAGAAACCAAGGUGUAUGUUGGUAACCUGGGAACUGGUGCUGGCAAAGGAGAGUUAGAAAGGGCUUUCAGUUAUUAUGGUCCCUUAAGAACUGUGUGGAUUGCCAGAAAUCCUCCGGGAUUUGCCUUUGUGGAAUUUGAAGAUCCUAGAGAUGCAGAAGAUGCAGUGCGAGGCCUGGAUGGGAAAGUGAUUUGUGGUUCCCGAGUGAGAGUUGAACUAUCAACAGGCAUGCCUCGGAGAUCUCGUUUUGAUAGACCACCUGCCCGACGUCCCUUUGAUCCCAAUGAUAGAUGCUAUGAGUGUGGCGAAAAGGGACAUUAUGCUUAUGAUUGUCACCGCUAUAGCCGCCGAAGAAGAAGCAGGUCACGGUCUAGAUCACAUUCAAGAUCCAGAGGUAGGCGAUACUCUCGCUCUCGCAGCAGGAGCAGGGGAAGGAGGUCAAGAUCAGCAUCUCCUCGGCGAUCAAGAUCUGUGUCUCUUCGUAGAUCAAGAUCAGCUUCACUCAGACGAUCUAGGUCUGGUUCUAUAAAAGGAUCGAGGUAUUUCCAAUCCCGGUCCAGGUCGAGAUCAAGAUCCAGGUCUCUUUCACGACCAAGAAGCAGUCGUUCCCCAUCAGGAAGUCCGCGAAGAAGUGCAAGUCCUGAAAGAGUGGACUGAAGUUCUCAAGUUCACCUUUUAGGGAAAAGUUAUUUUGUUUACAUUAUUAUAAGGGAUUUGUGAUGUCUGUAAAGUGUAACUUAGGGAAGGGUAAUUCAACCAUCUAAUCAAAAUGGAUCUGGACUAUUACUCUGUAAAUUCACAGCAGUAAGGUAAUAUAAAUUUUUGUUGAAUGUAUUAACAUCCUAUGGUUUGAAAAUGUGGGUUUUUAUUUGGCACAUUUAAAAUAAAAUGUUUCUAAUUAGAUUUUGGAUUUGUGUUCAGUAUUAAUGCUCCUCAGUUUGGUAGGCUUCAGGAGUCAACCUUGAUUUUAAGCAUAUUCAUAGAGACCUACAUUCAAAGUUUAAUGGUGUUAUUUAAGUCUUGAACAUCACU